AUGGCUGAUCGAAGAAUUGCUCCUGUAACAUUAACUCCGGACCGUGAAAUAGAGCUUCAUCAAAGUAGCAGAUUCUCGUCUCAUGAGAAAGCUGAAUCCUCUCAUCCGCAACAUGUUAUCGAUGUGAAUAAUGGUGGUAAUGGUGCCACAUCAGCAUGUCCUUUCGUUCUUUCGUUUAACAACUUAUCAUACAGUGUCAGAAUUCGUCCGAAAAUGUUAUUUGCUCCAAUUCGAAAGAGUGAGGAGGAGUCGAAAGAGAUUCGCAGCAAGGUUUUACUCAAUAAUAUUUCUGGUGAAGCACGAGAAGGUGAAGUUGUUGCAGUUCUUGGAGCUAGUGGAGCCGGGAAAUCGACUUUGAUUGAUGCUCUUGCAGGCCGCAUAGAGAGGAAAAGUUUGAAAGGAUCCGUGACUUUGAAUGGAGAAGCACUGGAAUCGCGUCUUUUGAAGGUUAUUUCUGCAUAUGUAAUGCAAGAUGAUCUUUUGUAUCCUAUGUUAACUGUAGAAGAGACGCUGAUGUACGCCGCCGAGUUUCGGCUUCCACGGACUGUCUCUAAGGAAAAGAAAAAGGCAAGAGUUCAAGCGUUGAUCGAUCAACUCGGGCUGCGAAGAGCAAUGAAUACUGUGAUCGGUGAUGAAGCUCAUAGAGGCGUAUCUGGAGGCGAACGUCGACGAGUUUCAAUUGGAAUGGAUAUCAUUCAUGAUCCAAUCCUCUUAUUUCUUGAUGAACCCACAUCGGGGCUUGAUUCCACCAGUGCAUUUUUGGUAAUUAAGGUCUUGCAGGGAAUUGCAAGGAGCGGAAGCAUUGUGAUGAUGUCUCUACACCAACCCAGUUACAGAAUUCUCGACUUACUAGACCGUUUACUCCUCCUCUCGCGCGGACAAACGGUAUUCGACGGCUCACCGCCUAAUCUUUCCCGGUUCUUUAAGGAGUUUGGGAAUCCAGUUCCAGAGAACGCGAACCAAACUGAGUUUGCUCUGGAUGUGAUUCGUGAACUUGAAAAUGCUCCUGGAGGAGUCACAAACUUAGUUGAGUUCAACCAUUCAUGGCAGACAAUGAACAGGAAAAAAGAGGUACGAGAGAUGCCAAACCUUUCGCUUAAAGAUGCAAUCAAGGCAAGUAUUUCAAGAGGAAAAUUAGUCUCUGCUGAUACAUCUACAAAUGAUUCAAACUUAACCACUAUUCCAGAUUAUUCUAAUCCCUUUUGCAUUGAAGUAAUAAUUAUUUCCAGCAGACUGCUCAGAAAUUUAUCAAGAUUGCCUGGAAUAUUUGGAAUGCGGUUAGGUACAAUCUUUGUAACCGGACUUAUUUUGGCCUCCCUUUAUUGGCAACUUGACGAUUCACCAAAAGGCUCAGAAGAGCGAUUAGCUUUCUUGAGUUUUACACUAAUCACCAUAUUCUUCGCCUGCUCGGAAGAAAUCCCCUUCUUCAUUGAAGAGCGAUUCAUUCUAAUAAGAGAAACCGCUUAUAACGCUUACCGUGUAAUAUCUUAUGUACUCGCUCACACUCUCCUCUCCAUUCCUUCUUCCAUCACCCUCGCUCUUGCCCUGUCCUUAACCACCUUUUGGGCAGUUGGUCUUUCAGGAGGAUGCUCAGGCUUUUUCUUCUACUUCCUCGUAUUCUUAUCCUCAUUUUGGACUGGAAGUUCAUUCACAGCACUCAUGUCAUCAAUGGUCUCAGAUAUUACCCUCAGUUUUACCGUAUCAGUUUCAGUUUUGGCUUACUUUCUAGUUUUUAGCGGAUUCUACAUCCCUCGUGACUCAAUACCCGCAUACUGGAUAUGGUUCCAUUAUCUUUCUAUGGUGAAAUAUCCAUAUCAAGCUAUUGCCCAAAACGAAUUUAGUGAUUCCAGUUCCAGCAAGUGUUUCAUGAAAGGAGUCCAACUUUUUGACAAGACUCCAUUCGAGGAUGUCCCAGUGGCCACGAAGGUGAAUCUAUUAGAAGGCAUGGGCACAACGUUGGGCACCAAUUUUACAACCUCAAGCUGUCUCUCCACUGGGAUGCAAAUAUUAGAACAGAAGGGAGUAACUGAUAUUAGCAAAUGGAAGAACUUAUGGAUUACUUUUGCUUGGGGGUUUCUGUUUAGGAUUUUGUUUUACGUCGUCUUGUCUAUUAGGGCCAAGAACAAGAGGAAGUGAGAUCGAUCGGUAUUCAUUACUUGAUGAGGAAUUCUAUUUUUACUAUGUCUUCUG